AUGACCGCCUCAGCCCUCCCCAAGCUCUCCACCGCGACCCUCUCGCUCUCGCUCCCCGGCGUCGCCUUCAUCACCGGCGGCUCGAGCGGUCUCGGCGCUGGCGCUGCCCUCGCGUUCGCUGACCUCGGUGCCAAGAUCGCCGUUGCCGAUAUCAACACCAAGCUGGGCGAGGAGACGGUGGCCAAGAUCAACGGCACAUACCCCGGCGUGGCCAUCUUCGUGCGCUGCGACGUGUCCCAGGAGGCCGACAUCGAGGCCGCCAUCGCGCAGACGGUCGCUGCGUUUGGUCGUAUCGACUAUGCGAUCAACGCGGCUGGUAUCGUCGUGGCCGGCGACAAGGUCACCCUCAUCAAGGACACGGACGCCAGCGUCUUUGACCGUACGCAAAACAUUGACGCCCGCGGCGUCUUCCUCUGCAUGAAGCACCAGAUCCGCCAGAUGGAGACCCAGGACGUCCCCGCCGGCCGCCCGCGUGCGAGCCGCGGCGUCAUUGUCAACCUGGCCAGCCGUGCCAGUCUCGAGGGUGUGUCCAAGUUUGGCUCGUACUGCUCCGCCAAGCACGCUGUCCUCGGCAUGUCCCGCGUCGCCGCCGUCGAAUGCGCACCCAACCAGAUCCGCGUGGUGGCCAUGUGUCCCGGUCUCGUCAAGAGCCCCGGACACGUCGAGGCCGCCAAGGAGGUCGACGACUUUCUCCUCACAACGGUCCCCAUGGGUCGCUUUGGUGUCGUGGAAGAGAUCACUGACGGCCUCAUCUUCCUGUGUUCCGACAUGGCCAGCUUCCUCACCGGCAACGCGUUUGAGAUUGACGGCGGUUGUGCUGCGCGUUAA